GCGCAGCCUGCCGGAAAUCCAUAAGAAGAAGAAGAAGAAAGAAGAAAUAAGAAGAAGAUGGCAGCUUUCGUUUUUGUUAAGAGUUCUGCUUUGGCCGUCCUGUUUAUUUUGAAGACUUUCUAUGUGUUGCCGUUUUCUUCCUCUGCCUUGUUUUGGGAUAAACAUCAAGAACUUUCCCGUGCCAAAAGGGAGCUGUGUCAAGAUGGCACCUAUGAUUAUGAGGGGAGGACCUGCUGUCUGUGUCAUAUAGGUCAGCGAGUGAAGGAGCACUGCACUGUUGAUGGAGACAAUCCAGAAUGUGAGUUCUGUCCAGCUGGGGAGUACAACAGCCAUCCUUCUUCCAACAAGUUCUGUGAACCCUGCACUUCCUGCGCACAAAUUAAUGCCAAUCUGGAGGAGGCAGAGACCUGUACCCGUGCUAGAGAUACAGUGUGUCGAUGUAAAUCCCAACACUACUGCAGCUUGGAACUCUGCAAGAUCUGCUACCCCUGUAAAGAGUGCGGUGAAGAAGGAAUCAAAGAGGUCUGCACACCCACCAAUGACACAGUCUGCAAUAUAAAAGGGGAUAAGCAGUCUGUCGGAAUGUACGUCGGGAUUAGUAUUGCAGUCUUGGUCAUUAUUGGAUUAGUCGUGACUGGUCUAUACUGUUCGAAAAAGAGUAAAUCACCAGGUACAUUGAACGAGAUUCAAGUUGGAAGUACUACUGACAACAAGGAACUGGUACCCCUUAACGAUGUGGAGCUGUCACCUCACAUCCCUGAAAUUGCUAAAGUGCUCGGAUGGACGGUUAUGAAAAAUCUAGCAUUAAGUAGUGGUAUGUUAUCUACUGAAAUUGAUUCUUGCAAGAUGAACCACCCUCAAGAUGUCUCAGAGCAGACAGUCGAUCUCCUGCAGAAGUGGGAAAACAGGAUGGGUAGGAAGGCCGGGAGAGAGCUAUUGAAGAUGCUACAAAAUAAUAACAACAACCUGAAAGCUGAAAAAGUUAAGGAUAUUUUGUACGGGAGCAGUGCCGCUUGAGUGAAUGUUAUUUUUGUUUUAAAUUGUAAGUUUUUCAAAAUUUUGCCAUUGAUGAAUUUAUUGUAUUUCCAGACUGCACAUACAAAGACAAAGGUAAAUGAAAAUUGUUAGAUAUGUAUUUGUACAAAAAUUGUAACAUGGUUUUAAUAGGGAACUGAAUCUGUGACUAGAAGGGGACUCAUUUCAGUGUGUAGUUUCAUACAAACACUAUUGCAGUGUGCAAUUUUGACAGACGAGAUUGAUCCAGAUGAGGGUUAAGGUUAGCCUGUGUCACCCUAUGAAUUUAUGGGCCAGUUGUUAGAACCACGUCAAACACUGUGCACUCUGAACAUCAUCUUCCUGU